UUUCAGCAACUCUGUGCCAUCCAUGAAAUAGCUAAUAGUGAAGAGAUGCAGGAGUUUCUGGCUCUCAAUACAGACGCCAGGAUUGCCUUUGUCAAGAAGCCUUUCAUUGUGUCCCGCAUAGAUAAGAUUGUGGUGAAUGCCAUUGUGGACACCUUGAAGACAGCGUUUCCUCGUUCAGAACUGCAGAGCCCCACAGAGGAGAAUGAGGGAGAGGUGGAUGGAGGCAAGAUAAAUGUGGACAAGAAGAGCAGGUAUGACUCCAAAGAUCCAGAUCAGGCUUUAUCUACAUGUGGUAGAAACACAGCCAG